GCUUCUGUUCAGCCUUGGGUUUCUACAGGUGAGCCUCUGUAUCCGAUCCGGCCUGGGGCUUCUUUUGGUCAUCCUUGUGGUUCUUUUGUCCAGCAUGGGGCUUCUUAUGUCCAGCCUGGGGCUUCUUAUGUCCAGCAUGGGGCUUCUUUUGCCCGUCUCUGUGGUUCUGAUAAGCCCUGGGGCUUCUCUUUUCCAGCCUGAGGUUUCUACAGGUGAGCCUGUGUAUCUGAUCCAGCCUGGGGCUUCUUUUGGUCAUCCUUGUGGUUCUGGUCAGCCUGGGGCUUCUUAUGUCCAGCCUGAGGCUUGUAGUGUCCAGCAUGGAGCUUCUUUUGCCCAUAUCUUUGGUUCUGAUCAGCCUGGGGCUUCUUAUGUCCAGCCUGGGGCUUCUUAUGUCCAACCUGGGGCUUUUUAUGUCCAGCAUGGAGCUUCUUUUGCCCAUCUCUUUGGUUCUGAUCAGCCUGGGGCUUCUUAUGUCCAGCCUGGGGCUUCUUAUGUCCAGCCUGGGGCUUCUUAUGUCCAGCCUGGAGCUUCUUUUGCCCAUCUCUUUGGUUCUGAUCAGCCUGGGGCUUCUUAUGUCCAGCCUGGGGCUUCCUAUGUCCAGCACGGAGCUUCUCUUGCCCAUCUCUUUGGUUCUGAUCAGCCUGGGGCUUCUUAUGUCCAGCACGGAGCUUCUUAUAUCCAGCACGGAGCUUCUUAUGUCCAGCACAGAGCUUCUUAUGUCCAGCACGGAGCUUCUUUUGCCCAUCUCUUUGGUUCUGAUCAGCCUGGGGCUUCUUAUGUCCAGCACAGAGCUUCUUAUGUCCAGCACAGAGCUUCUUAUGUCCCACCUGGGGCUUCUUAUGUCCAGCACGGAGCUUCUUAUUUCCAGCACGGAGCUUCUUUUGCUCGUCUCUUUGGUUCUGGUCAGCUUGGGGCUUCUCUUGUCCAGUCUCAGGCUUCUCUUGUCCAGCCUCAGGAUUCUUCUGUUCUAAGAAAAGAAAAACCAAACAUUUUUUAUUAGUACAUUGUGGGCGUAAUCAUUUCACUAGGCUCCUCCUCCCAGAGAUUGGAGGUUAAAUUGUGUAGAAAGCUUGAAUUUGUGGAUAAAUUUGUACAUUCAGACUAGCACUGCUUGUUUUAUCAUUUAUUUAUAAAUCAGACUACAAUGUCAUAAAAGUAUAUGGUUUGAGAAUAUUUGAAAUUUAUUCUUUCUUUAUUUGUUAGCUACAUUCCUCCAGUGGAAAAGAAGCAACAACUAACAGAAUUUCUAGCUGGAAUGCGGGUCACAAACCAAAUUUCUCUCGAGCUUUAGGACUGAAAACCUGCCAGCUGUGUUUCUGUGUUGAUGGGGCAGUAAUUAGGGCCGAGCCGGAGGGUAAACCUGAGCUCUGGAGGACGUGAUCUCAAAUCUGCCAGCUCACCUUUUGCCUUAUUCUCUCUUUCUCACAUUCUUUUCACCAUAUUUUGGUUUUGCCUCCUCUCUCUUUGGCUCUUUUGCUUUCUUCCAGCUCUCUCUCUGUCUGUCUUUGUCCUCUUUGUCAUGGAUGAACUGUAUGUGGUCGGCUUUCCACCUUUCACUCAGCUCUAUUUUUAGCCCCUCGUGUGCAAGGCUGAGGGAAUGCAUGAAGGCAGGGGAGCAUGUCUUGAGAUCCAGCAGGGGAAAGUGUGUGUGUGUGUGUGUGUGUGUGUGUGUGUGGGUAUUUGCACAAGAAACGUCUCUGUGUUGUAACAAAGGUGUAACCAUUUGACCUGACUUGAAAUAGACAAAAACAGACAAUGAAGCACUAGCCUGAGAAUCUAGUGUCACAGUCCUGGCAUUAUUCGAUAUUAGUGUUUGAAUCAUUUCAGACCAUAAUAAUUCACUGGUGUGAAUUAUUAAAACCUCAGAGGCAGCUGCAGAAGCUCGGCAUCCACAGAACAGCAGCUACAUGGCUUUCUCUCCCCAGCAGAUUUGCAUAGUAACUGUCAUAUUCAGUAAAUUUAUUAGUCAGAGUGGCUUCUUACUCUCUCAAGAGCAGAUAGAGGAAAAGAGAGUACAACUAGACAGAAAUCCACGAGUGCUAAAUGCUAAAGGCUGCCUGCACUUUACUCACAUUCACUCAUUAAAAGUCAAUCUGUGCUAAUGAAUAAAUAAUUCAGCUGUAUUUGAUGACUUAAUACCGAGUCGAAAGAUAAUCAGAUUUAAAGAAAGGUCCAAGAUUGAAUGAGACGCUCAGAGAUUAAAAAAAAAAAAAAGAAAAAAGAAAAGGGAAAGUACUUAAGACUUAAACUAAACAAAAUACCAAAAAAGGGUCAAUUUAAGGUGGUUUCUUCCCCAGAGGGACAAACUGAGAAUCCUUUAAAGACACUAGAGUCGUUUUCUUGUUGUUUUUGUUGUUUUUGGCAAUGGUUCUACUCUUCUCAAGGGGUUUUAAUAGACAUUUUAAGGGAUUCUCAGUUUCUCUAUCUGGGAGAAAGAAACCUUUAACUAGAAAUACCACCUUCCUUCAUUUCUUUCAGUGAUUUCAGUUUGUUUAAAAUGCUUUUUUGUUAUUAUUCCUAAACAAAUAACAAAACUAAGCCUUAUUAAUAUACAUGAUUUCACUUUUAAUAAGAGUGUUCUACCUUCAAACCUUUUCUGAAAGUAAAACUGUGAUGUAAAGGACUAUGAAGAACCUUUAAAUAUUUUGCCCAGGGACACAAAUAGAAAAAUCCUUGGUGAUAGACUUACUAAUUUUUACUUAUUGUUAAAUCUUUUUAAAAUCAUUGAUUUUAUGUGCAUGUAGUUCAAGGGCACACUUAAGAACAAAAGCUCUAGUCUACUCCAGAGUUUUUUGGGUGUUUUAAUGGUUCUAGCUUUCCAAACCCUUUUGUGAAAGAGAAGCCUUUAGCUGCAGGGUUUCCUUAGAUAGACAAACCAAAUAAUAUUUAGUGCUGGAUACCUUCUUUUUUUUGAAGGUAUUUCGUACUCUAGCUUUUUAGAGAGGAACAAAGAAUGCUUUAGGGUGCUAGGUGGAGCGUGAAACAAAACAAACACAAAAAAAAAAAAAACACGAAUGUGCUGUCUCGCAGGAGGUUUCUGCUUUGAGAGUACAUUUGUUUUAACCAUCAUACAACCCUGAAAUCCUGGGGAACCUCAUAAACUCAUCUGUUUUAAUGCUUUAACUACAUCUCUAUACUCGUUUUCAACUGAUGAUACCAAACAUUACAGCCUCUGUAUUGUUUACUCUGCCGGCUCCACUGUUUACGACUGCAGUGUUAUGGUUCCCCUAGGCAUCAUGCUGCUAUGUUAACGGUUCAGUACACUAGAGAGAAUGUAUAUAUGCUGAUGACACACAGCGGUGUGAGGAUGUAUGUAUGUUGAUGAGACGUGGCGGUGCGAGGAGGUGUGUAUGCUGAUGACACACGGCAGUGCGGAAAAUGUCCCGUAGAUGAUAUAUUUGCAUUGUAGUUCCUACAAAGGUCGUUUAAAAAUUCAUUUUUUUAACAAAUUUUGAGCAUUAUUUUUAUAGCAGCUAGUGGACAAAUUGGGGCGGGUUAGUGUUUGAUGGCGUGUGUUCAUGUCAAGGAAAGUUUUGUGUUUGAUUAUUUUUGCAUUUAGUUAGAGAUGUAUCUGGCAAUUAAGGGGAAACCUUCUCUUGUGCUCAUCUUUACAUAUGAAAACGUACAACUUUAUGUAUAAGUCUAGCCCAGAGAAGGGGAUGCCUCGGUUCUUGUUUCUGCAUCUGCUCACUGGCCGGAGUAGAAAGUAGGAGGAGCUUCAUUGCUGCUGCAGCAUGCACUAGAAGGGAGGGAGAGAGGGAGCACGGAUACAUCAGUGCUAUAGAGAGAAUGAGGGAGGGAGGGAAACAGAGAGAGAGAGAGAGAGAGAAUAAGAGGAAGGGAGGGAGGAAGGGAAGCGAGGCAGGCUGUGCUCUCUGCACCGCACCACUCUCUCCCUCAUUACCAUUCCAGACACUGCCUUCUCUGAGGAGAGCCCUUCGCUCUGUUUGAAAUGCCAAUCACCGCUGGCUGUCCUUUCAUCCUCGAUCACACGCACUGAAAGCACGGGUGAGCGGGAGCCCCGCAGACGCCGAGAGGAUUUCCCGCUCUUCUCCAUCCAACCAAAGUUACUCUGAAAAAGAAAAAUACACACGGAUAACGCUGUUAAGGAUUGCAGGAUCUUGACUAGACUGUUUUCCGUUUGUGAUCUCAUCAGCGGACUAAUCAGUGCUAAGAGGACAGAUGGGGAUCCUUUAAUCAGAGUGGUAAGGACUUUACUUCCUCUUUCCUUUUUAUCAUCCACUUUGACUCUGGCAUCGGUCUGAGCUCCGUCACAGCUGUGCCUCUCCUGGAAAAGGCAAGAACUGGACCGAGGAAGUCAAGGUUGAAGGUGGGGGACGUUAGUGCUGGUACGUCCUGUGUGGUUACGAAUUGGAUUAUAUGGUUAAUAACUGCCCUUCUUGCACUGUGUGAGAUCCAUCGUACCCCAGAUAUUAGACCUUCUGUAAACCUGUGUAUAAAAGGAUUCCCGUAGACUGCGGAAACGAGCGACUCGUGUUCCUGCUGAGAUGGCAGACAUCAGGCACGGGCAUGUCUAUCCCAUCUGCCGGGGCCAGCAGCAGUCUGGGCAAUAUCUGCUGAGUUAGGCCCCCCCGAGGAAACCUUCCUCCAUCCUCGUAUGCCCACACACUUCUUUAACAAGAUGAACACAACUGAGCUGAACCAGAGCGCUGUGACCUUUUGCCUGCUGGACAUUGGUUAUUCUCAGAUCUUCAACACGUGCCUGCUGGAAGUCGUCGUGAUCCUCUUUCUUACCGUGCUCAUUAUAUCCGGGAACUUAAUUGUCAUCUUUGUGUUUCACUGCGCACCUCUACUCAGCCACCAUACCACCAGCUCUUUCAUCCAGACAAUGGCUUACGCUGACCUGCUGGUGGGAGUAAGCUGCCUCAUCCCGUCCCUGUCUUUGCUACACCACCUGAAAGGGCUGGAUGAGGAACUCACCUGCAAAGUGUUUGGUUACAUGGUGUGUGUGCUGAAGAGCGUCUCCAUGGCCUCGCUGGCAUGUGUUAGCGUGGACCGCUAUGUGGCCAUUACGCGGCCGCUGUCCUACGCAGCCUUGGUGACACCGUGCCGUCUUCGUGCCUGCAUUGCCCUCAUCUGGCUCUACUCCUGUCUAAUCUUCCUGCCAUCCUUCUUUGGCUGGGGCAAGCCCGGGUAUCACGGUGAUGUCGUCGAGUGGUGCUCUUCGUCCUGGGCCACCCAGCCACUCUUCACUGCCUUCAUUGUGGCGGCGCUGUACGCACCUGCAGCCCUCACUGUGUGCUUCACAUACGGCCACAUUUUCCGGAUAUGCCGCCAGCACACCCGACAGAUCAGCGAGCGCCGGGCACGAUUUGGCCCGCAGGAAAAUGAGCCGGGCGAACCACCCGGCCCUGACAAGCGCUACGCCACGGUGCUCUUCCGCAUCACCAGCGUGUUCUACUUGCUGUGGCUACCAUACAUCAUCUACUUCCUGCUAGAGAGCGCUGGAAUAUAUCGCCAUCCUGCAGCCUCCUUUUUAACCACAUGGCUUGCGAUCAGCAACAGCUUCUGCAACUGCCUCAUCUACAGCUUGUCGAACAGUGCCUUCCGGAAAGGCCUCAAGCGCCUCUGUUUGAUCUGCAUAAAACGCACAGACAACAAGAAACCCCCAGGAGUGCCACCAGCUCCUCCUCGCCCGGCCUGUCAUGUGUAGCGCCCAGUACGGACUGGACUGUGUCGCGUAUUGUGUGUCGCCAGUUUGUCUCAGUCAGUGGAAACAGGCUUGUGUUGGCAUCUGGGUGGCAUUCCCAGGUUUUGUCCCAGAGUCUGGUUGUCUUCGUGACAAUUCCUCGAGGCAAAGGAGUCACCUUUCACCCCGACCAUCAAUGUCGAAGGGGUAGUUAAGGCUGCUGUUUUGUGCAGCAUUGAAUAACAACUCUUUAUGCAAAACAUGACAAACAAGAAGGUGAAGAAAAAAUGUCAUGACACUGAAAGUGUAAUAAUCAUGGGUCUAUAUUAAUGGAAAAAAAAAUACCCUAGUUUUGUAAACUAAAUGCUUACGUACAUCAUCUGUCAAGUCAUAUGACCUCUUAAAUGAGCAACAACCUAUUAACAUAUUAACAUUCAUCAACCUUAACCAGAGAGUGCUGAUGUUUCUUUUGUUUUUGGGACAUUUUUAUAAAGUGUUAUCAGAGAAACCUGUGACUAAUCAUGUGCCACAUUUCUUCCUGUUAGCUGCUUCUUUAGCGACACACGUUUUGCGGAUUGUAUAACUUUGUCUCUGGUCACAGGACGAACGUAUGAGUGGAUCAAACAAACAAACCAUUCUGCUUGACUUCAGAUUGCACAAAGAUGCACUUUCUGACUGGAAGACAUGGGACCUCACCGCAUUAUUCCCUCUCUAGUUUUGUGUUGUUUAAAAAAUGUUUUAAUUAUCACCCAUGGGUGAAGUCAAUCUCAGAAGAUGACCAGCUGAAGAGCCUCCUUUCUGUUGACUUUUCAGAAUCACAUCCCUGGAUUCGCAUUGAGUCAUUUGAUGUGAUGUUUCUUCAUACCAUGCAGCAUAAGUGUAGCACAGCUGUCUCGGCAUGUUCGGUUUACUUUCCAAAAUGGAGUUCUCUAUCUGUAGUGCUGUACGCCUUAUGGUAAUAUUUAUCGAAAAACAUUGCAUCGAUUAUGGAUCACACUUAACACGAGCCAGAGAGCUGUGUCUCUCAGCUAUAAGGCAAAGACUCUAGCCUCUGUAACAACAGAACGUGAGAUAUUUAUUUUGCAAAAACACACCUGGUCUCCUGGUUGAAGGACACGUAAAUACAAACAAGCAAAAAAAAAAAAAAUUAAGGGUAUGAUUCGUGCAAAAAAAAACAAAG